UUUCGCCACAUGUUUCAUUACAUUCUGGGAAACGGAGACUCCUCUCCUGCUUUAUCUUUACCCCUCUUCCUCCAUGCUUUUCACACGCUCUACUUUUUCUUUCUCCCCACCUCUUCCUCCCCGCACUUCUUCUCUUCACCCUCCUUCGCCGAACCUCUCCCCGGUUGACUUCUCCCUUCGCCGUCGUUCCUUUUCCCGGCGAUACUCCGCCAUGCCUUCUGGCAACAGCUUCGUCACCCCUCCCUUCGAACUCACCACCGAGUUCGACUUUGAUCGCAUCGUCUCCUCCGAUGGACUCGUCUCCAUUUGCGGCUUCGGUUCCCUCCUCUCAGAGAGGAGUGCUCGGAGUACAUUCCCCGGCCUGAUAAGUUUCAGAGUGGCCAAAUUGAGCGGAUUCCGGAGGGUUUUUGCUCAUGUAGCGCCUAUUUUCUUCGAGCGUGGCAUAGCUAAACCAGAAACCAAGGAAAUAUCAAGCCUGAGUGUGGAGCCUUGUGAAGGUGAAACCCUUAUAAUUUCUGCUUUCGAAAUUCCAAAGUGUGAGAUACCUGCAUUCAUUGAGAGGGAGCAUGAAUUUCGGUUUCUUGCUGUCACCCCUGAAACAUUGAAUGGAUUAUAUUAUACAAAUCACGCAGUACUGUGUGCACGUUAUACGGAUGAGGAGUAUUUUAAGGAGAGAUGUAAAGGAGAUCGUGAGAUAUUGUUUAAGCGAUACGGCCAAUAUAACAUUGAUAGGAUCUGGCGAGAUGAUAUUUUACCCUGCCGUGCUUAUCUACGCCACUGUGUCCUGGCAGCGGAAAAUCUCGGUGAGGUAGCAUCCAAUAGCUUUAUGGAUCAUACAUACCUUGGAGACCGGAAAACAACAAUUCGUGAGUAUCUAGCAACAACUGGUUCAGGCAUCAUGGAAGAGCAGCCGCCUGGCCCUCUAAAAGAGAGAUAUGGUGGUUGACACCAUGGCUAUUAAAUAGUGCCUGAUUGGUAUGGGUAGUUGAAUUUGCUUAACUUAGCUGUUUCCGUAAGGAUAUAUGUUCGGUAUUACUAAUUUUAGCCAAAUGAGUAACCCAAAAGCUAUUCCGUUGAUCAGAGUAAGCAGGAUCAGGUUAACUAACAGGCUCAUAGUAUUUUUUGACUAGUGGUUCUUUUCUUUAAAUCAGUUGUCUCAUCGUUCAUUGGUCAUUGAGAGUCGAUGAAUGGGUAAUAUAUGUUUCUUCUGAGUCUUCGUUUCAGCUAAGAUGGAUUUAUUUAUUUUUUCUUUCGAUCUACUAUAUAGGGGUAACAAGUUGUAGACGUCAUCUCCAUAUUCAGUUGUAGUUGUGACUUGUGAGAUAAUAUUUUCAAAAUUGGAGGUCGCU